AAGUUUUAGUUAAGCGGUGUUGUUGCCCGUGAAGGAUGCCUUCUGCCGCUAAUGCGAAACUAGAAAAACAGGUCUCUACGGAGACCUCAGAUCCAUUUCGGCAAGCCUUUACUGCUGUUGAGCACAAAAUUAGAAAUUUAGAGAAAAGAAAAAAGAAGAUAGAGCUGUACCAGGAGGAGCAGAAGAACGGCAAGACGCUGAACAGCGACCAGCUGUCGGCGGUGGCGAGGUUCGACGAGGUGAGCUGUACGCUGGAGAACCUGCGGGAGCUGCUGAAGCAGUUCAGCGCGAUCGCCGCGGAGCAGGCGCGGCUGCAGAAGAAGCUGGCGCGCAAGGAAGCGCUGGAGCGUGCGCAGCAGGACCUCACCAAGAUAAAGGAGAUACUGGUGGUCCAGGAUGUCCUUCAGAACAUGGGCCAGGACAAUGUGCGCGAGGACUUCUUGGCGGGGCGCAACGGGGCGGUACAGCUCACGGAGGAUGAUCUCAAGUACUUGGAUGAUUUGUACCUCGAGAUUUCUCUCAAACGUGGCGUGGAAGAGGGCCUCCCGUCUUUUGAGGAACAAUUGCAGCAGUGUGCAGAGCACUUACUGUCCAUUGUGGACGGCAAGGUGAAGGACAUUGUCGGGACUACGUAUGGCAAACUGAAGGAGCUGAUAGGAACGAUACAGUCGUGUGGCUAUUUCGACCAUGUGUCUGAGGAAGCUCCGACGGAACAGGUGGAGGAAGUGAAGACUGAAGUCGUGGAGGAGGCGGCAGCGAUGGAAGAAGUGGAGGAGGUAGUACAGGAGCAAGCACCCACGCAGCCGGAGACUACAUUCCCCAAAGGCCUGGUCCCCCCGCAGGCCGUGCCCGUGCCCGUGCCGGUGGCGGUGGUCGAGAGCUCCUUCUUCACGACGGCUGCCGUCCCGGUGGCCUUCCCCAGCAACCCCUCGCAGCCCCCGCCCACCCCGCUCAACGAGUUCAUCAGCUCCGGGGGAAUCGACUUCAUACAGGAGUCGGAGCUGGAUUCGUCGGAAGUGGCGAUCCUGAGUGGACCAUUAUUGGUGCCGCAGCGGCUGGCGGCCACUCCUCCGCCCGUCGCCGCCCUGCCUGUUGCACCCAUUCCCACCCAGACCUUCACCAACCAGAGCUUCGCAGCGGUUCCCACGGCCGCGCACAAGGAGGAGGGGGAGGAGGCCCGCGGCGUGCCGGAGCAGCCGGCGCUGGUGGCAGCAGAGGGGGAGGGCUGGAGCAAGCUGGAGGGGGGCGCAGGGGGGGACUGGAGCCAGCAGAGCGACAACCAGGGGGACUGGAGCCAGCAGAGCGACAACGCGGGGGACUGGAGCCAGCAGAGCGACCAGACCAACACCGCCGACUGGAGCGCCCAGCCCGGCGACCAGAGCGACGGCUACAUAACGCAGGGUGGCUCGCGCAGCUACGGCGGCCGUGGCGGAAGGGGCAACCGUGCGGGGCGCGGCUCUGGCACUUCUGGCGGUGGCUACUCGGGCAACAGAGGGCGUGCUGGCUAUCAGAAUGGCCGUGGCGGUGCAAACUACGGCUACCGUGGCAGCGAGGGUGGCAACUACUACCAGCAGAACGGCUACCAGCAGCGUGAGCGUGAGGGCUACAACAGCUACGGGGGCGGAGGCUUCAAGCGGGGCGGCCCCAGAGGGGGAACAGCCCGCGGCGGAGACAGGGGCGGUCCGAGGGGCAGCGCCGCGGGGCGCGGGGGUCCCCGAGGCGGCCGCGGAGGGGGAGGCAGCUACGCUAGAGGCAGCAGGCAGUAGUCCGUAGGAAACCACAGUUACUAAGCAAUAUUUUGCUCCCGCACCAAAAGUACUGUAAUUGUUUGGUUGCAAUACUGUCAUCUGUAUUUAAUGGUUAAUAUGUAUAUUAUAUAUAUGCAGAAAGUGCUGACUUUCGAAAGACUGUUGAAUAUGUGCAGCAAGUCGAUGUAUCAGCAUUUUUACCUCACACCCUUCUGCUUGCCUACAAGAAGAGAAGUAAGAAGACCAAGAUUUUUGUGCUAGUUUUUUUGGUAUAAAGAAAAAUAAUAAUAAUUCAAAUGAUGAAGACGCUUUUCUCGAGAACGAACUCAAAGUUAAGUUUUAUAAAAUGUUGGCUUAAAGGGAGGGAAGGAAAAUGUGAAUUCAAGAGUAUUAAAAUGAAAUAAAUAUUGUAUCGUGUCAGAAGGCAGUUUUCACUGGCAACAACAGAGUGAUGAAUCAAUUAAAAAAAGUUUUUACUAUAAAAUACAAAAAAAGAGAACACUAGUAUUAAAAACGUAACUUGGAGACCCGUACGUGUGGUUUACUUUUUGUAUUCUUUGCUAUGCAGGUACUGUGUUGAAUCUAAUUUGUUCAGUGUGUGCUGUGAGCCUACCAAAUUAAUUUUCUUAAAUUAUAUACAUAAUCACAUGUAGCAUUUAAUUUGUGUGCUAAUAUUGUUUAUUUUAUUGUUAAUCAAGACGUGAUUUUUAAAGGUUCAGUAACUCACAAUCCACAAUUUUGUAUGGCUCAGGAGUGCAGGCAGCUGCUCGCUGCAAAAUUCUUCCAAUAAAACUUUGUGAUCAGCAA